AUGGCGGCCUCGUCCAGGAAGGAGGAGGAGAGGAACGAGCGGAUCGUGAGGGGCCUCCUCAAGCUGCCGCCCAACCGCAGAUGCAUCAACUGCAACGCCAUCGGGCCGCAGUACGUCUGCACGAGCUUCUGGACAUUCAUCUGCAUCUCCUGCAGCGGCAUCCACCGUGAGUUCACGCACCGAGUAAAAUCGGUGUCUAUGUCCAAGUUCACCGUGCAAGAGGUUGAGGCCCUUCAAAAGGGUGGGAACCAGCGAGCCAGAGAAUUAUUGUUGAAGGAUUUUGAUACCCAGCAAAUGAGGGUACCUGAUAGCAGUAACAUUGAAAGCCUUAGAGAAUUCAUAAAUGCUGUUUAUGUGGAGAGAAGAUAUGCUGGUGUAAGUUUGUCCGAAAGGCCUCCAAGAGAUAUACAGAUUCAAAGAUCCCAUGAAGAGGAACAUAGAAGGGCUAGUUCCUAUCAAUCAUUUUCUCAGAGCCCACCUAAUGACUACCAAUAUGAAGAAAGGCGCAAUCGCAAGCAACCUGCAAUGCUAAGUAGGAAACCUAGUUCAGACCGAGGGCAUGAUGGGAAGAUGCCUGGAUUUUCUUGUCGUUCACAUAGCCUGCAAGAGAGAAUGUCCGAGGACCAAUUUGCAAAUGAGAGUCGUGGACCGAGAACUUCUUACUGCUCAGGGUCAAGCAUGCGUGGUACCUUAGGAACAGCACCCAAAUCACCUGAUUUCUUCGAUGAUGGGUGUUUAAGCCCUCCUGUCCAACAAAAUCAAUCAAAUAUGCUGAGUUCUAAUGGCAUCACUCAAUCCCAGAGAACUGCAUCAACAGGGAACAUAGAUUCCACAUCGCUUAAGUCAGGCAACUCAAGCUUAGCUGAUUUGUUUUUUGAUUUUGAGAAUGUUCACCGAACUCAGCAAUCCAACAAUUCUGCAGCUCCAAGUUUUGUAGCCUUUUCUGCUGCUGUAAAUGGUACAAAAGAGGAUCUCUACAGUCAGCCAAAUUUGCAGCAACAACCUAUAACUGGCUAUCCAUCUGUAGAUUUAUUUGCAAAUAUGCCUCAUACAGCUUCAUCUGCUGAUAAAAUGCCACUGGAAGCUCAUCCAUCUGUAGAUUUGUUUGCAAAUAUGCCUCAUACAGCUUCAUCUGCUGAUAAAGUGCCACUGGAAGCUCCAUCAAUGGGCAAUGCUGGGUGGGUUACAUUUGACACGCCCCCAGAUAAACAGCCUGGAGUCACUGGUCCCUCUCCUGUAGCUGACGUAGGUAAUCAUAAACAGAUUCUGGGUCGUGAUUUGUUUUCGUUCGAAACAACUGAUAGACCAACAUUGUUCCCGACUUCCAAGCACGAAGUUUCAAUCAGCAAUCAGUCUGGUGCUACAUCUCUUGAUACAGGUUGCUCUCAGUUAUGGCAUUCAUUUGAUGAUGCAACUGGGAUCAUCUCUAAUGAUCACUCUGGUGCUGAGUCACUAAGUAAUGAGCUCACAAAUGUAGUCGAUGUUACCAACAAUCCUUUUAGUUGCCCUAUUAGUUCAAAGAAAUCUCAUGGUGAUGAUUGCCAUAAUGUGUUCAUGGAUGAAUUAGCUCUAAGUGCAUCAUUUGCUCCUUUCCUAGAGCCAUCUCCAAUAUCUGAUGUUCCUUCAGGAAAACCCUUUGCUGAUGAGAUUGUGCUAAAUCCAUUUGAUCUCCCCUUUGGUACUGAUUCAGAGGCUACUAAUCUGUUCAUGGACAUGAGCAUGCUGCAAGCUGCUUUGCCUAAUUUACCAAUAACUUUUCUUGAUGGUUUGCCUGAAUCAUGGUUCUCCAACAAUACUUGUACCUAUGUUCCGUCUGGAUCACAUGGUGGAUUAACAUGUCUUGUCGAGCAGGCCCCAAACUUUCCAUUGAGGAACAUAACAUUGAGCACUGUAUCUACUGGCAAUCCUUUUGCAUAG